GUCCCACGGUAUUCUCAAGCUUCUUCAUUGCAUUGUAAUGAGUCAAACCAAAAUGACGUCUCCAUUUGAUUGUCAAUACUGCACAGCACCCCUUCUUGGGAAGAAGUACGUACUUAAGGAUGACAAUCUGUACUGCGUUUCCUGUUAUGAUCGCAUCUUCUGUAACUAUUGUGAGCAGUGCAAAGAACCCAUUGAAUCUGAUUCAAAGGAUCUGUGUUACAAAAACUGGCACUGGCAUGAAGGAUGCUUCCGGUGCACCAAAUGCAAUCACUCUUUGGUGGAGAAGCCUUUUGUUGCCAAGGAUGAGCGCCUGCUGUGCACAGAGUGCUACUCCAAUGAGUGCUCCUCCAAGUGCUUCCACUGCAAGAGGACCAUCAUGCCGGGUUCUCGCAAAAUGGAAUUUAAAGGCAACUACUGGCAUGAAACGUGCUUUGUGUGUGAGCAUUGCCGACAACCAAUAGGAACAAAGCCUCUGAUCUCCAAAGAGACUGGCAAUUAUUGUGUGCCAUGUUUUGAGAAGGAGUUUGCUAACUACUGCAACUUUUGUAAGAAGGUGAUAACCACAGGUGGAGUGACAUUUCGUGACCAGAUAUGGCACAAAGAGUGUUUUCUGUGCAGUGGCUGUAGAAAAGAGCUUUGUGAAGAGGAGUUCAUGUCCCGAGAUGAUUACCCAUUCUGUUUGGAUUGCUAUAGCCACCUUUAUGCCAAGAAAUGUGCAGCCUGUACCAAACCCAUCACGGGUCUCAGAGGUGCCAAGUUCAUCUGCUUUCAAGACCGCCAGUGGCAUAGUGAAUGCUUCAACUGUGGGAAGUGCUCUGUCUCCUUGGUGGGUGAAGGCUUCCUGACCCAGGACACUGAAAUCUUGUGCCGCAAGUGUGGCUCUGGGGUAGACACUGACAACUAGAAGGAGAAAGGAAGCAGUCUAUCCCCACCCAAAAUCCACUUUGCCAUUGUUCUCACUAAAUCCAGAACUUGGU